AUGUCUGAGGGCAACACGAAGCCAUCCGUGCCCGUUGUGGCCGAGGCGCACGAUGUCGACACUUUCCAUGUGCCCAAGGCAUUCCUCGAGAAACACCCGCAUUCAAAACCGCACAUCAACGGCCUCGAAGAGUACCAGAAACUGUACAAGGAAUCCAUCACAGAGCCCAAGCAGUUCUGGGGCCGUCUGGCGCGCGAACUCCUCACGUGGGACCGCGAUUUCCAAACAGUGCACUCUGGCAGCUUCCAGGGCGGCGACAAUGCGUGGUUCCUCGAGGGCAGGCUGAAUGCCAGUUAUAAUUGUGUCGACCGCCAUGCGUUCAAGAACCCGGAUAAGCCGGCCAUCAUCUACGAGGCUGACGACACCGAGGAUGGCCGCAUCAUUUCGUACGGCGAGCUACUGCGCCAGGUCUCGAAGCUGGCGUACACGCUGAAGGAGAUGGGUGUGCGCAAGGGAGACACUGUUGCGCUGUACCUGCCCAUGAUUCCCGAGGCUGUGAUUUCGUUCCUGGCGUGCUCACGUAUCGGUGCGGUGCACUCUGUCGUGUUUGCUGGUUUCUCGUCCGACUCGCUGCGCGACCGUAUCAUUGAUGCGGAGUGCAAGGUUGUCAUUACCACGGACGAGGGCAAGCGUGGCGGCAAGGUCAUCAGCACGAAGAAGAUUGUCGACGAGGCGCUGAAGCAAUGCCCCGGCAUCAGCCACUGUCUCGUGUACAAGCGCACUGGCGCCGAGAUCCCAUGGACCAAGGGACGAGACUGGUGGUGGCACGAGGAGGUCGAGAAGUACCCCAACUACAUUGCUCCCGAGCCGAUGAACUCGGAAGACCCGCUGUUCUUGCUGUACACAUCUGGGUCGACGGGUAAGCCAAAGGGAGUGAUGCACACCACAGGUGGUUAUCUCCUGGGAGCCGCGGCGACUGGAAAGUACGUCUUUGACAUUCAUGACAACGACACUUUCUUCUGUGGUGGUGAUGUUGGCUGGAUCACUGGACACACAUAUGUCGUAUAUGCCCCUCUGCUGCUCGGUGUGGCGACCGUCGUCUUCGAGGGCACACCUGCUUACCCCAACUUCUCGCGGUACUGGGAUAUUGUCGACAAGUACAACGUCACUCAGUUCUAUGUUGCCCCCACUGCGCUGCGACUGCUCAAGCGCGCCGGUGACGAGCACGUCAAGCACCAAAUGAAGCAUCUCAGGAUUCUCGGAUCCGUCGGCGAGCCCAUCGCUGCUGAGGUGUGGAAGUGGUACUUUGAGACUGUUGGAAAGGAGGAGGCACACGUAAUCGACACUUACUGGCAGACGGAGACCGGCUCGCAUGUCAUCACACCGCUCGGUGGUGUCACACCCACAAAGCCUGGUUCUGCAUCACUUCCCUUCUUCGGCAUCGAGCCUGCUAUUAUCGAUCCUGUUUCGGGCGAGGAGAUCCACGGAAACGAUGUCGAGGGCGUGUUGGCGUUCAAGCAGCCAUGGCCAAGUCUGGCUCGCACAGUCUGGGGCGCACACCAGAGAUACAUGGACACAUAUCUGAACGUGUACAAGGGCUACUACUUCACUGGAGACGGUGCCGGACGUGACCACGAGGGUUACUACUGGAUCCGAGGCCGCGUCGACGAUGUCGUCAACGUCUCAGGCCACAGAUUAUCAACCGCUGAAAUCGAGGCAGCACUCAUCGAGCACCAUUCUGUGGCUGAGGCCGCGGUGGUGGGUAUCAAUGACGAAUUGACAGGCCAGGCUGUGAACGCCUUUGUGGCACUCAAAGACGGCACCGAGUCAAGUGACCAGGUGAAGAAAGACUUGAUCUUGCAAGUGCGCAAGUCGAUUGGACCCUUUGCGGCACCCAAGGCGAUCUUUGUAGUUCCAGAUCUGCCAAAGACCCGGUCGGGCAAGAUUAUGCGUCGCAUCAUGCGGAAGAUCUUGGCGGGAGAGGAGGACCAGCUGGGCGACACAUCUACGCUCUCGGACCCUUCGGUAGUGGACAAGAUUAUCGAAAUCGUCCACCAGUCUAAGAAGAAAUAGUCGCGCUUGGGGAAGUAUGUUGAGUUAGUCUAUUGGUUGGGACGGUGGAGGGCUUUUUUUUUGGGUUGCCGCAAGCACUGUGUGCAGUGUUUACUAAGUAUUCUGUUGCGAGACUCGAGAGGUCGGAGGAGUGGCGGUGCAGGGUCAGACAAGCUCUUUAGGGCUGAUGAUGCCGCAAUAGCCGUGUAUGGAUAGGCCUUGGUGUUAACCGCAACGCCGUUUUUAGCAUGC